AUGUCCGGAAAAUCUGUCCCCCAAUCUUCUGGUCGCCGAGCUGGCUCUCAUAUCCCUCUUACUGACGAGGAUGUUAAAAAGAUUAUCCUCGAACUCCCGGAAGUCCUCUCUACCACCUGGGAUCCAAACUACGGUGUGUGGGACAAGGCUAAGGUUGAUAACUUUGAGAGUUGGGAUGAGGUUUACUUUCAAACCUUGAAGACCCACAAGGAAAAACGACUUCUUUCGAUUCCUCCGGUUGUCCAACGCUUGCUUGGCAUCAACUCGGACGGUGAACAACGUCUUGAAGUUGAAUCCCCGACCACAUACAAGAAUCCUGCUUUACCUACGGAUGGAUCUGUCGGUCAAACUCCGGCUGCCCCCCCAGCCAACACGAUGCCCCCUGCUCCUGGGAAGAAGACCUCCUCUUUGUUUGAUAAGAAGCAACAAGAAGCUCCUACCAACAAAGGUAAGACUCGCGCCAACAACGAAGCAUCACAGUCUUACCCCCUUACUGGUUACGUUCCACGUGAACGGAAAUCAGUCUCGGCCUCUUCUAUGGAACCUAUGGACGACGUUCUCAAUGACCAAGAUUAUCACCGUCAAGAGUCCAAGCCACUUGUCAUUGAUCCAAUUGAAGAUCCAAACGAGGUCGCCGCCUUUCGUCAAUGGAAGGCUGCCUCUGAAGCCGAAAGAACUCGACUCUCUCAACGCAUCGAAAGUGUCACUCUGUCGGAUUCGACAAUCAUCCCUAACCCUGUUUCGACGCCGGCUCAACAGCUCAUCCACCAAAUAACGGUUAGAGAUUCUCCACCUGAAGCUGGAAUUUCCCGUGAUAAAGAUUAUCACAAAAUUUGCAAGACACUGGCCAUUCAAAAAUUCGAAAAAUUCGACGGUACCAGUUCUUAUGACGCCCCACUUUGGUUUGCUAAUUUAGCCAAAGACCUCAUGCUCCUCAAUGUUGAUGAAGCAGUAUGGCAUUACAUUGGAUUUCAGUUUCUCGACGGUGCUGCUUUAACUGAACUUCGUCAAGUUAUCGGAUCACCAAAUUGUCCUAGCACCUAUUCCGAAUUGGAAGAUUUCGUAAUCAAUGCGUUCCCCAGUUUGCUCUCCCUUAUCAACAUCCAAGGGAGAUUCGAUAACUUCAAAUUCCGUCCGAAUGAGAAGGUCUGUGAUGCGGUUGCCCGUUUUCGAGUUCUCCAAAACGAUGCUAUCUACUUGGGAUUCGAAUAUCAAGAAUCCACGGUUUUCCUCAACAAAUUACCUCCUUAUCUACACAGAUACGUUCAAGGUGAAAUAGAGCGCGAUUCGAGAGCUGGGAGACCUAUGACGUUUUCGCAGGUCACUUUAUGUGCUAUCGAUAGAGACAACCAACUACGAUCUGAGAAGGACCAUGUUAAUACCGUUUCGACUCCUCAAAAUCAUUCAUCCAACAAUAAGAAGAAUAACAAGAGGAAAAAUCCAGAAGGUGGCAAGUCCGACGUGGUCUGUUACAAUUGUGGGAAGAAGGGUCAUCGUUUUGGCACGUUGGUUAAUCAUAUUUGUCCUGAAAAAGCUUCACCGCGUACCUUAAAUUAUUUUAAGAAAAAUAAAGGUAGCGGUUCUUCUUCUAAUGCCGUGGCUAGUGGCUCUGGGGAGUCAAAAGCCUAG